AUGUCAAAAUUUCCCAAACAUUCCUCUGGUGGGCAGCCAGAGCAUACGCACCGGCAGUUGCAACCCAUACAGCCAAAUAUGCAGCCACAGCAUUCGACUAAUAGGCAAAAUUAUCCCAUGGGUUAUCAACCUUUGGUUUCUAAUAUUCCAUUGAAUGUUUCCAUGCCUAGUUCUAUUGGUGGUAUUGCUAUGGACAAAAAUGUUGUUAUACUUGGCAAUCGACAGAUGGGAAUAAAAUGGCAACAUAUGCCACAAAUUAAACAAUAUCCUAUGUCGCAAGUGCCAAUGAAAAUGAUGCCAAUGACUCCAGUUGUGAUGAUCCCAAAUUCCGGUGUAAAGAUGGUUCCGUCACAUCUGUGUAACUUAAAUCCACAUCAAAUCAAUCAAAUGGCCACAUCUAAUACGGAUAAGAAUAGGCGUAUGUGCGUAGCAAGGGCAAUGACUACGGCUACAACCGCCGCGGCCACCAGCGCCUCUAUCGCCAGCGGUACUAAUUAUAGCGGAAAGCAAUCUCACAUCACCACGACCAAUAUGGCCCUGGACCUACAGCUACAGGAUCUGGUGGCCAUUUGUCUGGGCAGAAUUUACCAGACCAACGGGAUCUGGAUAUCAUUAGUUAGCGAACGGGACAUAAUUGAUCACUUGAAAUCGUCAUUUCUACAGAGACUUGGAGUGAUGUACAAUGAAGCCUGCAAAUUUCACCAGUACAGCCUUGACCUAGAGAAAAAAAGAUUAUCUAACAAAAAGUCAAUAAUAAGCCCAGAUCAGGAUCUAAAGCCAUUGACUGAAUAUUUUUGGCACAAGGGAAGAAUGGAACGCAUAAUGAAAAACUACAAAAAUAUAGCAAAGAUGACAAUUGAGCAGAAAGAUGAUGAUAAAAGUGACAAGGAUAAGGGAGCUAGCAUGAAUACCGAUUCUGACACGAACAAUAGUGGUUUCUUCAACACCAACAUUGGAGGGAGCCAAAUAAAUUCAAUGAGCAUUAGCCGAGUCUCUCCCAAUGUUAUGCAGACAAUUGAGUAUUCUGAGGUUGCAUAUAAUCAACGGAUUUUGUUGGCUAAAGUAAAUCUUCAAAACAUCCGCGCUACUCUAUGUGGUGAUAAGUGUGAGAAGUUCAUGCCCGGCGUAUUUAGACACUCACAGUUGAACUUAAUCGAGAGUAUGCUGUCUAGGACAUAG